AUGCGAAUACACAAUAGUAUCUCCAGUCCAUCCAUGCUCAGCAAUGUUGGUCAAAUAAUGAACAUCCUUAGCUUGGAUGGUGCAGGACACUACGCCUGGCUGUUAGUUGUGGACGAGAUUCUUCGUACUAACUCGACACCAUGCAGCUUCUUGGCAAUUAAACACCCCAAGAAUUCCGGUGAAGUCAUUCAUAUUCCAAAUUUUCAGAAGACUGCAACGAAGUCCAUAAGUUGUUAUAAGACAGCCAAAAAUGCUCAGUAUAAUGAACAUAAUACUGUCCAUUGCUUUCCAGUCUUGUCUAUCAAACACGACAAGAGAGUUUAG